AGUGAUGCUGACACACUCAGUUGAACUGGCAGCUGCUGCCGCUGCUGCUUCUAGAAAGAGGAGUGUGUGUGUGUGUGUGACUCCACUCCAGGGAGAGUAAGACAGAAACAUUUCCAGAGCUAUACAAGGAGAGAAUCUGUUCAGGAGGGGAGAACUCAACAGGAGUCGGUUGACAAUGGGAUGUUAUACAUAACAGCGAGCAAUGCUCGGCACCCUGGGGAUGCUGGAUGAGUCUGAGCAACUAUGAGGACGGCUGUGUGUGAGUCAGUAACAACAGGAGUGUGAGUGACUUGCCGGACGGAGGCGAUGGUUUCCGGGUGGCUCCUCAUGUGAUUCUCCCUGACACACCCAUGCCUCCUGCUCCAUGUGGGAUACCUAGGAUGGAACACACACACUGCUAUGCACAGUCACUGGGACAACUGCCUGUGCAGCCACUCUUUCACACACUCUUGACACACAUCACUGCCGCCACCACCGCUCAGACUUGACAAAGGAAGAACCCCGGAAUUUUCUAGAACCAAUUUUCCGGUAUGUUUGUGAAUCUUCGGCGGAUCCGCAAGUGCCAGUGCUUGCAGCUAAUGACCACGUGCCUGGUGCUGUCGGUGGUGAUGGUGUGCUGGGAUGGCAGCGUGGUGAGCCACGUCAAGGCCUACUCCUACCGCUACCUGGUCAACCGUUACACCUUCAUCAACAAGAGCUUCACCAUCCCGCGGCAGGAGGCCCAGAUGUUCAGCAACCACCGCUACCUGCUCAACCACCCGUAUAAGUGCUCAGGAGAGAAGAAUGUUUUACUGCUGCUGCUAGUCAAGUCCUCCCCAGAGAACAUUGAGAGACGGCGAGCCAUACGGUCUACGUGGGGCAACGAGACCUACAUCCACCAGACCCUGGGGGUGACGGUGAAGGUGGUUUUUGUGCUGGGCCUCCCCAAGCAGCAGGAAGCUGCCCAUACUCGGAGGAGCCGAGGGGGCACCCAGGACAACCUUGUCCGUGAAGACCGCUUGAAUGGCGACUUGGUCCAGCAGGACUUUGUGGACUCGUUCCACAACCUAACCCUCAAGCUUCUGCUACAGUUUCGGUGGGCGCACGCCUACUGCCCGCACGCCCGCUUCCUCAUGACGUCUGAUGAUGACAUUUUCGUGCACAUGCCCAACCUGGUGCGCUACCUUCAGGACAUAGACAGGAAGGGCGUUACAGACUUCUGGAUCGGUCGCGUGCACAGAGGCGCGCCACCCAUCCGCCGGAAGGAAAGCAAGUACUAUGUCCCAUACGAGAUGUACCCGUGGUUGGCAUACCCGGACUACACGGCAGGGGCGGGUUACGUUGUCUCUAGAGACGUGGCAAACAAAAUCUACCAGGCUUCGUUGACCCUCAACGCCUCGCUGUACAUCGACGAUGUCUUCAUGGGCAUCUGCGCCAACGCCAUGGGUGUGUUGCCGCAGGAGCAUGUGUACUUCUCAGGUGAGGGCAAGGCGCCCUACCACCUGUGCAUCUACGACAAGAUGAUGACGUCGCACGGCCACGUGGCCGACAUAUACGAACUCUGGAAAGCCGCCACGAAUCCGGAGGUCAAACGGGUCACGUCAGGACUCUUUGGGAGGUUGUAUUGCACAGCUGUGAAACUCACCCUUCUCUGUAGACCUUAUUUCUUCAACAGCUACCCCUGCAAGGCAGCCUUGUUGUAGUACAGUAAACCUAUGUACUGUGUUUGGUCCAAAAUAGAGCGAGGGAUCAUUUUGUACCAAAUUUUUCUUUCAUCGGUCUCCGGUCAUUUGAAAAGGAUGAAGGAGGGAAGGCCUGUUUUUUUGUGUUGAUGGAGUAAGAUACUCAUGAGUCAUAUCUAUUGCUGUAAAUUUGGGUUUUACAGUGACCUCUCUCUAUGGCUUUAUAGUGACCGUAUAUCUAUAUGGCCAGCAGUGGUCCAAUUCUUAAUAUCUUUACAAUGUAUUGAAGAGCAGAGACUGAAUGUGAUGAAUGAGGAGAUGCUAUCCAGAGAUAAGGAUGACAAAUAGGAUUCUAAGUGAAUUUCCGCACCCACAUCUCCUUCCAUUAAACUAAUUGAGAGAAUGGCCUAAAAUUCUGUUAUUCUGUUGGUUAUGCUGCUGUGGUUUAAAACUAACUGUGGAUGGAUACAGUUGGCUCAUAGUCUGUCAUUUCACAGUAAGGUUUGCUAAAGUUAAAAGGAAGAUACGGUGGCAACUGUCUUAGGUGAAGCAGUACAUUAAUGUGUAGCAUAUGUUUGAGUUAUUAGUGGUGACUAGUGACAUACUGUGCCCGUGGUUGGCAUACCCAGACUACAUGACAGGGAUGGGUUAUCAUGUGUGAGUGCCAAAAGUGUCUGUUACGAGGUGGAAAAUUCCACAGAGAUUAAAAGUAUUAUGCAUAUCAGCUGAUCUCUUAUCAUUAAUGAACAUUUAAAUGAACAUGAAUGAAUUUUUCUGUAAAUUAAAGGAGGAUGCAGGUGGGAAAUAUACAGCUUGUUUCAAGCAAUUUCUUUGUAUUACAUUUGGAAACCCUAACCAAAACAUAUAGGAAGCCUUUUCAACCUGUCGCAAAGCAAAUAAGAAACAAACAAUUAGGUGAUAUAGACUAACUGUGAAACAAAUUCAUCUCAGAGAAAGGUUGUUGAACCACAGAUCAUAUCCAACCCCUUUCAUGGGUUCUCUCUCUUCACCAUAGCAACUGUAUGUUGAGCAGUGGGUGGGGGGAGUGGGUUAGAUGAGUGACACACAAGCCUCACCACAAAGCUCUGGGUUGUGUUCCUGUGGACAUUCUGCAUGAUGGCUGUUGACAUGAGUUCACUCUUGAUAUACAAGCCAGUGGAGGUUCUUCCAGGAUGUACGUCUGUAGAAAUAUUUAAUAUAAUGAAACAUAAGCCUGUAAAUUACAUAAUUGUAAUCAUUAUAGCUGUGCACUAUUGAGGGCAAGAUGAGAAUAUUAAGCAAACAAAUGCCUCAUUGCCAGUGUCUAUAUACAAAAGUAUGUGGACACCCCUUCAAAUUAGUGGAUUCGGCUAUUUCCACCACACCCAUUGCUGAAAGGUGUAUAAAAUCGAGCACACA